AUGUUUACUUUUAACGAAGAAUCUAGGUUGUACUGGUUUAGUGCAAAUCCAACAUUGGAUGAACAUACACUUCAAGAGUAUCGACUAGCUGGUUUACUUCUUGGAUUAGCUGUUUAUAACAGUGUUAUCCUAGAUAUACAUUUUCCCAGAGCUUUAUAUAAAAAAUUGAUGAAUGUUGAGGUCAAUCUUCAAGAUCUUAAACAGCUGGAUCCGAGUCUAGGAAAAGGGCUCGAACAACUGCUAGUAUUUGAUGGGCCGGUUGAAUCAGAAUAUGAACGAACAUUUCAAGUGGACAUGGAGUCUUGUGGGCAUGUUUAUACAUACGACUUGAAACCAAACGGAUCCAAAAUUAUACUUUGCAAAGAAAACAGACAAGAAUUUGUAAAUCUAUACACCAAGUUUCUCUUGGAUACAUCUAUGGAACAACCAUUCGGGGCCUUUGUUCAAGGAUUUAGACUAGUUUGUCAAGAUAGUGCUAUAAAGGCAAGUAUCUUUAGACCAGAAGAGAUAGAGCAGCUAAUAUGUGGAAGCUCGGAUUUGGACUUUGAAGCGUUAGAACGAUCCACUGUUUAUGAUGGCGGUUGGACAAAAGACUCCGCUAUUAUAAAGUAUUUUUGGGAGAUUGUUCAUGAGUUCUCAUACGAAGAGAAGAAGAAAUUGCUAUUCUUUGCUACGGGAUCAGACAGGGCUCCUAUCGGGGGACUUAGCAAACUGCAGUUUGUGAUUGCAAAGAAUGGCGGCGAUUCCGAUAGGCUUCCCACAUCACAUACAUGCUACAAUGUACUGCUACUAUGUGAAUAUAGUAGCAAAGAGAAGCUUCAGGAGCGAUUAUUAACUAGCAUAAGCAAUGCAGAAGGGUUUGGAAUGAUUUGAGAUUGAUUAGAUUUGGUGCUAUAAGCAGCUACUUGAUCGUACAGACUUAUAUAGAUGCUAUAGUGUAUUAUUAAAUAUGACAUCCAAAUCAAAGCCUACCAUCUGACAUUUUUAUCGCAAUAUAAUACGCUUGUGUACCUUUUCAAUCUUUUUACUUAUUAAACAACAAAAACAAAAGCCUGAGUAUU